CUGCGUGGGGGUAGUUCAGCUUUUUCAGCGAGCAUGCGUCACAGGGUUGAAAUUUCCUCCAGUUCAAGGGAGACUCCAUGGAUCUUUAGUUCCUCAGGUGCAUUCGAACCAUUUGUAUCAGUCACGAUGAAAACUAAAAAGGAUAAAUGUCGCGAUAUGAAAUUCGUUACGAAUAUCCAUCGUUUGGUUUUAGCACCAAUUGGUCUCUGGCCUGACGUUGAAAACAUUAAAAAAGAUAAAGUGUUAAAAUUCAAGAUUAUCUCAUCAAUAUUAUUAGUUCUCGUCUUUGUCUAUUUACCGCAAACUAUAUUACUCGUAACGAGAAUCGAUGAUUUUGAUUUAGUCAUACAGAUAUUAGCCACUGGAGAAAUUGUAUGCUCGUGUGCUUUAAUAAAAAUAAUAAUUCUCUAUUUUAAUAGACAAGCUUUGGGAAAACUCCUCAAGUACAUGGAAGAAGAUUGGAUGAAUUCUGUUAAUGCCAACGAGGAAACAAAAGGGAUCUUGCUGAAAAAAGGGAAAUUUGUCAGAAGAUUUUGCAUUUCAAAUAUACUUUUCUCAUACUUGACAUUUUUAUUGCGUGUACUCGUCAAAAUUCAAUUUCACAUCACAAAAACUUCAGAAUGCGAAACGCAUCGUGGUCUCGAAUUUUUUUUCCCCAGCUACUUUCCAAAAUACAUGCUGAAAAGUCCAAAUUUUGAAUUAAUAUUUAUUGGGCAAAUUGUUGCUACUGUGAUUGUGAUCAAUAUUUAUAUAGGAUGUGACAAUUUUCUUGUGUUACUGAUAAUGCACGUUUCUGCACGAUCGACGAUACUGCGAGCGUUGCUAAGGGAUUUACCACUGAAAGUCCAUCCAAAGGAUUCCAUUAAAUUUAUGAAGGAACUUGGCAUCAUUGUUCGACGACAUGAGCACCUGAACAGGUUUGCUUCUAUGAUCGAUGAUAAUUUCAAUAUAAUAUUACUCGCGCAAAUGACUUUACUCGCGGCAUUACUGUGCUUUCUAUGUUUUCAAUUAAUUAUGAAAGUGCAAGUUCAGAAUGCAGAAGUUUCUACCAUGGAAAUAGUAUUUUUAAUUUUCUUUAUUCUUGCCACAUUAAUUCCGUUAUACAUUUAUUGUUAUUUCGGUGAAAUACUUCAACACGAGGUGAACGUAAUAUUUCCAAAUAUUAUUCUGCAACAUUAUUUUUUUUCUCAUAAUUCAAUUACUGCACAGAACGAAAAGAUAAGAAAUGCAGCAUACGAGUGCCUGUGGUAUAUUCGCGAACCGAUAGAUGCAAGAAGUGUGAUAUUAAUAAUGGAUCGUACAGUUCGUCCAAUGAAAUUAACUGCUGGAAAAUUCAGGUCUUUCACCAUGUCAACUUUUACUGAUGUUUUUCAAAAUGACCAAAGUAGCAUUGCCGAAACAGUGUUUCUAAUAUGUGCUAUUUUUGUGGCAUUUGCUGGUCUUUAUGGAUACUGUUACGUGAGCGAAUUGUUGUGCUCUGAGAACGAGGCUAUUGGCGAUACUGUUUAUGAUAGUUGUUGGUACAAUUUAUCGCCGAAAGAUGCGAGAUGCCUACUGUUCAUAAUAUCCGGUUCCAGAAAACAGUUGUUUGUGACAGCUGCAAAUUUUUGUUAUUAUUCCCACAGUUUGUUUGCUGCCGUAAGAAAUUUUCCAACAAUACAAAAGAGUAUCUGUUACGCAGAAACAUUUGUUCUAUUGUAAAUUCCUUUUGACGCAAGAUCUGCAUAAUUAUAAUGGCAUCUCGUUUACAGAUUUUAAAGACGUUAUUGGGUUAUAUAUCAAUAUUGAUGUCUAUAAGCGAAUGAUAAUUGUAAUAAUGUUCGAUAAAAUUUGAAGUAUCCACACACUGCUUGGUAGAACACUAAUAAAAUAUUUUGACAUCACCAAAUCCCUGCAUCUUUUUUAAAACAUCCCUAAACAAUAUUAAUACUGUCACUCACCAUGUGGGUAAUAAUGUCGUAUAAAUCAUUCGCGCAUUAGCAUUCCGUCAGUAGAUCAUCUGAACUCUUUUACACGUGAGAUAGAUACAACAGGGGCAAAGGAGUACACCGAUUACAAGAGAAUCUUUAUCUACGCCACUCAUCCAUAAUCAGCUGUCAGUCAUCUUGAAAUCUAUGCGUUGGAGCCCCAUUUUGGUGAGUACCAAAAACAAUUUUUUCUGUCGUUUUGCUGUCAGACUAAUUGCCGCAACAAAAUAAUUUAGCCACGGGUAAAAAUGCACAUUUAAUGAUUUAACAAACUUUUAAAUUUUCUUUGUUUGAAAGAGUCAAAAAUUCUGUUACCCUAAAGGGUCGUUUUUUAAGCUUUGGCAGAUUUAGAUAAAAAUGCACAUAAAAUUUGUGAUGCAUGUAAAAUUUGUGUUUGAAUGAUGCAUAUUGGGUAUAUUAAAUUUCACGAACAUGCUGAUACGGAUGCCUUGUAACAGCCUGAUCGUGUUUAUUAUGGGGAACGCAAGUAUGGCAAAAGUCUGAGAAGAGUAUGGGCAAAUUCCAAUUGUUGGCACGAUCCAACACUUGCAAAAUAGUCAUAUUAAAAGAGUAUGUUAUUGAUAUGGGCAGUUUGGAUAAGUCUUUUGAAGCCACCUUUCGUUUUCAAAAGUCUGGCCAAGGUAUGGUCAAAGUCUCGAUCACGAAGAUAGUUUUGAUGAUCUCAAGACACGUUGGAUAAGAACUGAAUACCGAGACUCUGGAAACCACAGUGAGGAACAGCGAAACUUCGAAAACUCCAAUGAAAAGUACUCAAACGCUACAACAUACGGUGAAGGAUGCCAAAACUUUGAAAUCUACGAGGUGAAACAGCUAAACUACGAUCGAUAUACAGUUCAUUGAGAUUCACGCCAGAUCAUUCAGUAUUUGAGAAAGAGACUCUAACUAUACCUUUGCCAGACUUUUGAAAAUGAAAUUAAGCUGCAGAAGCCAACACCAUACUCUUCCCAUAGCAUCUGCAUUUAUGUUCCCCUUUUCCUCUGUCCAGAUUGCAUACAAUUGUGCAAUGUCCUAUACCGCGAAAUUUGACACGUGCCAGGAGCAAAAAUCACCCAUAUUAACCCAUGACUUUCGCCAUACUUGCAUUUUUACGUCUUAGCGCUGACGUGCAAUACUGCAAGACUCAAAUGAAUUUUGGCUCAUUUCUAGAAAGGAAAGAAAUACAAAUUUUCACAUAAAUUGUCUUAUAACUAAUGAAUUUCCCUGAGUAAUAUUUUUUAUUACACUGCGGCAACAUUAUCUGAACAUUACACUACACAUUUCAUUAUCUGAACAUGCAUUGAGAAAUACUUGAAAUGAACUCUCUGAGGUGAUCACGUGCGACAGAAGAAGCUGCAGGAUAAAUAAAAAAAGGAUUAGAAAGGAAUACAUAGUUGGAUACACAUACAUAUACCCAAGGAUUCAUAAUUGGUAUUCCUCAUCAAAGGAUCUGCCGAAUGAUAUGAAUCAGUCUGCAGCAUCCUAGACUUCACACCGUACCAGAAGGAAGUACCGUAAAUGAUCCUGUGAUCCUGAAGAGUACCUAACAGGGAUUUCUCAAAUGCAUAAAAAGAUAUUAAAUUACCGCAAUGCCAAAACAUGCGGAAAGUUGUUACACAGUGCAGUAAAAAAUCUCCAUUAUUCGGCAGACCGUCCAUCAAUACUUCAAAUUAAUUUGCAAAUUGUAAAAAAAGUCAAAUAUAAAGGUUAACGUCAUAGGUCAUGCGCGUUAUCGAUAUAAUCGAUUAUCAUUUGGCAUAUAAAAGGGAGGUGGAAAUACCCCCCCCUCCUUGUCACGCAUUGAUCCAGUUCAUUGCACCACGUCAGCCCCUAGAAAAUUCUUGAAUUUAUUUCUCUCUACGUUCAACGAUAUACGUAACCCUUACACAAAGUGGGUGGAAUUUUAGAACAGCGUUACGUGCUUUUUUCCAUAAGAAGCGCGUACCCUAUCGCAUAUACAGGGUGAUAAAAAAGAACAGCUACGGCGCGAAUGAAUAAUAAAGUACCUAGGAACGUUGCAUAUGGACUUGAAUUGGCAUAGCGAAUGACCUAGGUCUAGUUAAAUAUGCAAACGAUAGGCUUGAGCUUAGACCGGAACUGGAAAAGAAUUAUUUAAAAAAUGAGCAUGCAACGGCUAGGCUGGUGUUUAAUCAAUUAUGCAACUGGAGGUGUUUCCAAGCACUCUUUUAUAUCACUCUACUAUGUAACGUUCGACGCCCACUUGCCACCCUCGGUCUAUAGCUAUCACCCACCACCCACAGUCUAUAGCAUCCACCCACCACCCACUUCCCACCAAGCCGCACCCGGAGUCUAUGACCCUUGACCACGACUCCUUCGACUUGUCCUAUUCUCAGACGCUAAGUACGUCAGCAGGACGUGACACUAAUUAUUUUACUAAUUAAAUUAGUGUAUUCAUGUAAAUAGUUUUAAUAGCAACGAUCGUUAUAUCGCACCGCAACUUCAUAUCAACUAUUACCAUUGUGUACGUAACAGUGUAGUAACGUGGUCAAGCAAUAUUUUUCAAUAAAACAGCAUUUGAGUAUUA